GAAACAGAAAGUGCGGCCAGGGAGGCGAGAGAGAGAGGGGUGGGAGAGGGCAGGAGCCGGCGGGAGUGGGGGGCCGCGGGCCCAGACACGGGCAGAUCGAGAGACCUACAGACAGACCGGCCACACUGUUAGACAGACGGGGACUGCCUGCUAGGAGCCCAUGGGCACCCCGGGCCUGCGCGCCCUGCUUCUCCUCUGCUGGGCGGGGGCCACCUGGGCCGAGCUGGAUGAGUCUGAGGGGCUCCACAGAGGGGUCGAUCUGGUCCUGGACUGUGUCUUGGCCAAAGAGGAUGGGUAUGGCUGGGGCAUCUCUGCCAGCCCGCUGAACGUGGCUCAGGCCACCCUGGUGCUGAAGCAAGUGCCAGUUCUGGAUGAUGGCACACUGGACAGCUUCACUGACUUCCCAGGGGUCCCUGCAGCCAAGGGAGACACCCCCAUUGCUUUUGAGGCCUCUGUGGAUCAGGUGCAGCUUCCUCACGCUGAGGUCUUGCUCCAUGCUGCCUGCCAAGGGAAGGUGGUGACCUGUGAGCUCACUCCCCUCAACCAGGCUGGAGAGGAGGCCACCUCUCCCGAGGCGGCCUAUUUCAUCAGCACCAUCCAGGUGUCUGGGGGAGAGUUCAGUGUCUCCAUGGUGAUAAAGACCCUCGGAGGAACAGAGAAGGGGGCUCCUUUGCAUCCGAAGCUGAACCUGCCCCUGACCCCCCAGGGGACAGUGCUGGCCUCAGUGGUGUUCCAGGUGAUGACGCAGGCUCCGUCUGUGCAGUCUUCCCUUGGGGCCUCUCCCUCCUUGCUCUGCAGCUUCUCCAUGGCCCCUGACUCGGGCCCAUUUCAGCUUGAAUGGAGGCGGCAGCACCAGGGUCAAGGCCAGAGGGUGUAUGCCUGGACCGAAGGGCAGGGCCAGGCUCUUCGGGAGGGGGCCCGGCUGGAGUCCAGGGAGCUGCUGGAGGCUGGGAACGCUUCCCUCACCUUGCCAGGCCUGACCUUGAGGGAUGAGGGAACCUACAUUUGCCAAAUCUCUACUCCCCAACACCAAGCUCAGCAGAUCAUUCACCUCAGCAUCCUGGAGACCCCUAAAGUGCGGUUGAACUUGGUGAAUGAGGACCAGCCCCCCACCCUCUUCUGCACCAUCUCUGGCUACUACCCUUUAGACGUGGCUGUGACCUGGAGCCGGGAGGAGCCAGGCUGUGACCCUGCCCCAGCCUCUGGCGCCUACUUCUCCAGCCACCGGCAGGGGAGUGUAGGCACCUACAGCCUCUCCUCCUCUCUAAGGGUGGAACCUGGCCCCAAGGGGGCUACCUUCAGAUGCCAUGUCUCCCACAUCUCCCUGACUGAGCCAAUCAUUUUGGAGAUCUGGGUUGGCCCUCCAGAAAAAGGAGCAUCCAUAGGGUUCUUCAUCGCCACUUUCCUGUUCCUUCUUGGCCUCUUGUUCCUGGGCCUCCGAAGAAAGGGAAGAAGCAGAGCCUCCCACUCUGUGUCCCGCCACCCAUCUGGACCCCAGGAGUCAUGGAUUCCAGAACAUGAAGUGAUGACCAAAGCCACCUAGUCCUGAAGAGAUUUCCUCCACAAUAGAGCCAAUCUUUGCUUAGAGACCUUCAGUGAGAGGGAACCCACUCCCUUCCAAGAGCCAGCGUGCUCCAUGCUGGGACAGCUCUUAUUGUCAGCAAGUUCUUCCACAUCCUAAGCCUAGCUUUGACUUUUUGUCGCUUCCUUUAGUUGUGCCUGGUUCUGCCCUCCACGGCCAUGCUGAAUGGUCCUACUGCCCCUUCCACCUGGUAGUCCUUUAGAUACUUGAAGGCAGCUCUCAUAUCCCCUCCCCCCAAGUUAGCUUCUUGGGUACUGAAUGGGCAAGGCCCAGCUAGGUGGCAGGGGUCAGAUUUGAUGGCUUCUGAACUCCCUCUCAAAUCUGAAAUUCUCUCCUCUUCACUUGGCAUCAUCUCCAGGCUUUCUCCCAUCCUGGCUGCCCUCCUCUGGCUACCAUCUAGCCCAUCAAUGGCCUUCCUAAAACGUGGUGCCCAGAAUGCCCUACAAUGCUCUAGGGGAGGUCUGAUGAGGGAAGGCAGAGCCUGGCUGGCCUGGCACCUCCCUCAUCCUGGGUGCUUAGCGAGUGAGGCCCGAGAUGGGAUGGCGUUACCAUUCUUUGACCACCAUUUCACACACCUGACUCAUAUUGAGUUUUUAAUUCACAAAAAAGCUCAGAUUUGUUUCAGAGAAAUAGCCCUUCUCCUCCCUCACUUGUAAAAUUCAUUUCUUGGACUCAAUUGUAAAACUUUACAUGGAUGCUUACUAGGGUUCAUUUAAUUAAUUUGGAUUCCAAGCACCAUUAGGAAAGUUCUCUGCAUCCUGUUUGUAGAACUUACAAAGAACUGAUUAGGGAGGGGUCCUGAAGAAGGGGCAGAGAAAAGCCACCAGACAGCUAGAGAUUCUGAAAUUCAUCCUGAGACCUGCACUGCAGGUCCAAGAGACCGGCCAGUAGUGAGGGGAGGGACAGAGCGGAUGUUAACAAAGGUGCCAAGUACAGGGAGAGGUGGUGGGAGCAGAGCCUGGAGAGCAGACAGGGAAUGGGAGGGAUGGGUCAGGAAUGGAGGAAAUGACUGGAACCAUCCUCUCCACCAGCUCCAAUCUAUCUCAAUAAAAAUGGCUGUUCUACCCCAA